ACAGGAAAACAAAAAAUAUGUGGGAAAAAGAUCGACUUGGCAAUUGUCUUGGAUGCGUCUGCCAGCAUUGGUGAAGAGAACUUCAAACUUGGAAAAGAUUUUGCCAAGAGACUGAUAAAGAGGUUUACGAUUUCAAAAGACAAAGUUCAAGUGUCUGUUAUCGCUUAUUCUCAGUACAUCAACAUAGCGUCCAGGUUUAAUGAUAAUAAUGACGAGAAGUCACUGGAUAAUACUUUGGACAACAUUUUCUACGAAGCAUCUUCAAGCGGCACUGGCAAAACUCUGGAGGCCGUAAAUUUCGAGGUGUUUACAGAGAAGAGUGGGGCAAGAAGUGGGAGGCCUGGUAAGAAAACUAUUUUUUCCAGUUCCAAAAACUCUCACUUUCAAAACGAGGCUAAGUGCAAAAGCUUUGUUGUGUAAAUGAGUUUUAUUUGCGUGAGAUUUCAUAUCAAUGGUUUCGCUCUUAGCCUCGCUUUGAAACAGAGGCUAGAGGCAACUAGAAUGUAAAGCCUUUUCACAUAACGUCACGUACACCAUGUUGGUGUACCAAAACAAUAAAACGGCGGUCACGGUUGUUUACAAUGGUGAACAAACAGAUUCCGGAAAAUCUCGUUGGAAAGUCCCGGAAAAUCCGGUUGGAAAGUAGCUGGAUUAUUAUACGACAUUCUGGGUAAUUGCAGCGGAAUUUUUUUUUUGCGGACGGAAUGUUCCAAACGGAAAUUCGUAUUCCAUUUUUCAUACCAGUUUCAGGCCUUCGCGGCUGUUUUUCGGUAAAUGGAACUGAUUUGUACAAACCGGCCGGUCUGUUCACAAAAUUUAGAACUGGUAAUUCUCGUCCCGGAAUCGCGUUUACCGUCCAGUACAUGUGAACCGCGUUUACAGUUCAGUGAAACUGGUAUCAAAUAUCUCAACGAGCGGGGCGAGAGGAUCUCUUUUUUUUUUGCCCUUUUUGGAUUGCGAAAUAUUAAACAGCGUAACCCCGUCCCUAUUUCUCCCGUUUCCCACCCUUUUAGAACUCUUACCUCUCACCCGACUUUCCUCCCCCGCCUCCCGUACUCCACCCUCCGCCUAUUCUCCCCGGCUUCCGCUCCUCUGACCUCCCACACUCAACUGGGUCACGUUGCAUUAUUAGAGCUUAAUCAGCGACGUUUUUGAGCGACGUUCCUCAACCGGAAAUGAGCUAUUUUCUAUUUUAAUAUGCUCUGACGCUACCAAAUUUGUAUGGCUAUGUGUCUUUACUCUUAUAGAGACGAUUUGACCAAACGUUUGUUCAAAAUCACAGCUCAAGUGCGCAAAAAGUCCACUUCCGGUUGAAGUGCCUCUCUCAAAAACGUCGCUGCUUAGACCCCGGGAGUGGGGGAGGGAACUCCGCAUAUGAAGGGGGUGGGAAUGCUCGUCGUCUCGCUUAGGGGUAUAAAUUUCGGAUUUUGGUCUCACUUAGGGUGUUCUGGGCAAAAUGCUAUCAUAUUUAGCUAGGAAGGUCUCGUUUAGGGUUGCACGCGAAAAAACAUAAAAAUAUCUAUAUUGUCUGUGUUUUAACAUGGCUUUCUUUUAGGGGUCAAAAAAAGCUUGGGCCACGCCCAGAUCGGUCUCUUUUAGGGGUUUAAUUCAAAAUUUCCGACGAGCAUCCCCACCCCUUUCAUAUGCGGGGUCCUCCCCCCGGGGGGGCUAGACUCCCUAAUAUUUUUCCUACAUUAUGAUUUCAGACGUUAAAAAAGUAACCGUAGUUGUCACCGAUGGGUGGAGCGGCAUUGGUACCGACAUGGUAAAGGAGAAAGUAGGUCAAAUGAAAAGAAGGGGAAUUGAAAUGUUUGCAGUGGGAAUCACAAACAGCAUGAAAGAUGAAGAAUUACAAGUUAUUUCCAGUCGUCCUCUAAAACACCAUCUUUUUAGGCUGACGGAUUCUAUGGCUGAAAAUCAAAUAAUCGAUUCAAUUGUUACGCAAGUCUGUUAA